AUGUUUGCUGCACGCGACCAAGAGAAUUUGGUUCAUGGCCACCAAACCGUUGCAGCUUCUAAGCCUUUGAACCAGGGUGCGAAAGGACUACAACCAAAGACGCCAGGAAACAAAUAUCCCAAGACGCCUCUUAAGAUCCCUCUCAACGAUGAAAAUGCACCUGUUGGAUUUGGAGGAAAGACUGGAAAAGGAAAGGGAUUGGAGACGGGUGGAAAGAACAAUGCAUUUGUAACUCCUAUGGGCCCCCGAGCUCGAGCUCCUCUCGGACAGAAGACUACCAACGCCAAAGCCAAGGUCUUUCAAACACCUGCAGGACCUGCUCCAGAAAAAGAAAUCGAAAAGACCCAACCCAAACAAACCAGCGCCCGCCGCCCCAAGAGGGUUACACAUGCCGAGACUGUCAAAUUGGAGGUACAUGGUGAUGAAAGUCCACUUGCAGAGAGAGAUGUUGAAUACUGCCCACCAAAGCCAAAGGAUCUCCCCUAUGAAUCGGAUGUUUUCCCCGCAGGUUGCCUGAACGUGAACGCUAUUAAACCUGGCAACCUCAUGAAAGGUCGAUAUCAACAAUAUCACAACAAAGUCGAUGCACAAGGACGAACCAGACUAGAACGCGAACUGGAGGAAAGCUAUGCCAAAUCCGCAAAUGAUACCGAUGAACGUAUUCUGAAGAUGCUCGAGGAAGACUGGACAGUUGGUGAUGUCCCUGAGACAUUCCGUAAUGUACGCAAGAAUCCCGCCCUGCAAAAGCCUAAAUCUAUCGUUAAGGCUGUCGACCAGAGAAAGAAGCCGGCUACAAACCUCAAUAAACCUCCUGGUACUAUCGCGUCCCGUAAAGCAGCCUCAGCUCUAUCCGUCGCACCAAAAGCCAUGGCUGCACCUCCCGAGACCACGAAGCCGCAAUUGAACACCACCUUCGGAUUCCUCGCUCGCCAGAAGCCUCCACCACUUCCUAUAUACAACCACCCUACCAUACGCAACAGUGUCGCGGAAGCUGCAUCAAGAAGCACACUUGGCUUUUCAAAAGGACGAUCUGCUUCCGGGGAAUUGAGGAAGCGAGAGCACGGCAUGACCCGGAGUAUUAGCAAUUUGACUCAGGGAUCAGAUGCUACGAUCACCCCUGCGCGGUUCGCGCAGAAGGAGGAAAAGGAGAACGAUGAGUGGAAGAGCAAGCUUUCUUUCUUGUCCGCAUUUGAGGUUGAUGAUGAUGAGUUGGAGCCGGGAUUGAGAGGUGCACUGCCAGAGUGUUUGAGGAAGGACGAUGAGGAUGAUGAAGAGUUUGUUAUGACUUUGGGCGGGGCCACCGAGUAG